GAGGGGCGGGGGGGGAACGCAGGGGACAGGGGUCCCAGGAAGAGUGCGGCGAGGGGGGGCCGCUGCUGCCGAGACUUCCCGCCGAUCCCGGAGGGGCGUCUGACCAGCGGCCGCCCGCUGCCCCCUGCGCGCCCUCCCUCUUUGUCCCUGGGCGCGCGGUUCCCAAAUUGGGAGGGAAACGGCCCGGGGGUGGGCCCGGGCGGCGGGGGCCGCGCUGGGCGGGCGGAGAGCCCGGAGGACCCCGGGCGCGCACUUGGGCGGCGCUCGGCGGUGCUCGCAACUCGUCGGGGCGGUUAGGGGCGCAGGGCCGCGCCGGGGCCGCCCCUCGCCGCCGGGGCGCUUCGCGGGCUGGUCUUUGUCUCCCGACGCUCGGCCCCUGACAUCUCUCCCGGCGGCGUGCGGUUCGUUUGACUCCUUCCUCGAACACCGCUACCGGGACUCCUGCCUCCCGUUAGUGAUUGAGACAAGAUUUAGUUCGAGGGCUGGAAGGAGGGAGUCGGGGCGGGGGGGCGGUGAAUGGCGCGGUCGCCUCCUGAUUUACAUGUUUCCUUUACUUAAAAUGGGUUUUUUUUCACCUCCGCUGCGUGAAACUUUGGACAACUGUUUUGUUUUCCCUUCGAUCUGCAGAUUCAAAAUGAAGAGAAGGCGCUAAAGCUGCGAUUGUAGCCAAUUAUGUGGUUGGUGGCUGCGUUUGGAGCUUUGAGUUGAAAGGCUUUACGUGAAUGUGUGUUUUAGAAUUUGGGUUGUUUUCCUUCCCUUGCGAUUGUUUUCUAAGAUUGGGAUUACUUUUUCUUUGCGAAGCGGGCGGGUUCGGAUUUAUGAUUUGAAGGAAUGUUUGUUCAUUGAGAACCUGCGAUGCUCCAGAUUUCAUUGUGCUCACGCUUUAUUUUGUUAGCCUCAAGACCGGACUUGGUGGAAUCGAGUAAAUCAAGAGGGAAUCUGGAAAAGUUGUAAGCAAAACAUCAUUUGUCUAAGAAAGUACUGGGUAACAGAAGUUCCGGAUAACAGGGCAAAGCAGUUCGGUCACCAUGAGCUGGAGCUUCCUGACACGCCUGCUAGAGGAGAUCCACAACCAUUCGACAUUUGUGGGGAAGAUCUGGCUCACUGUACUGAUUGUCUUCCGGAUUGUCCUUACGGCUGUAGGAGGGGAGUCCAUCUAUUAUGAUGAGCAAAGCAAAUUUGUAUGUAACACAGAGCAGCCAGGCUGCGAGAACGUCUGCUAUGAUGCCUUCGCGCCCCUCUCCCAUGUGCGCUUCUGGGUGUUCCAGAUCAUCCUGGUGGCAACCCCGUCUGUGAUGUACCUGGGCUACGCCAUCCACAAGAUCGCCAAGAUGGAGCACGGCGAAGCAGACAAGAAGGCGGCUCGGAGCAAACCCUAUGCCAUGCGUUGGAAACAGCACCGGGCUCUGGAGGAAACAGAAGAGGACCAUGAAGAGGAUCCCAUGAUGUAUCCGGAAAUGGAAUUGGAGAGUGAAAAAGAAAAUAAGGAGCAGAACCAACCUAAACCCAAGCAUGAUGGCCGACGGCGGAUUCGGGAAGAUGGACUUAUGAAAAUCUACGUGCUGCAGUUGCUGGCAAGGACUGUGUUUGAGGUGGGUUUUCUGAUAGGGCAGUACUUCCUGUAUGGCUUCCAAGUCCACCCAUUUUAUGUGUGCAGCAGACUUCCUUGCCCUCAUAAAAUCGACUGCUUUAUAUCUAGGCCCACUGAAAAGACCAUCUUCCUUCUAAUAAUGUAUGGUGUUACAGGCCUUUGCCUAUUGCUUAACAUUUGGGAAAUGCUUCAUUUAGGGUUUGGGACAAUUCGAGACUCACUAAACAAUAAAAGGAGGGAACUGGAAGAUCCGGGUGCUUAUAAUUACCCUUUCACUUGGAAUACUCCAUCUGCUCCCCCUGGCUAUAACAUUGCCGUCAAACCAGAUCAGAUACAGUACACCGAACUGUCCAACGCUAAGAUCGCCUACAAGCAAAACAAGGCCAACAUCGCCCAGGAACAACAGUAUGGCAGCCAUGAGGAGAACCUCCCAGCCGACCUGGAGACUCUGCAGCGGGAGAUCAGAAUGGCCCAGGAACGCUUGGAUCUCGCAAUCCAGGCCUACAGUCACCAAAACAACCCCCAUGGACCCCGAGAAAAAAAAGCCAAAGCAGGGUCCAAAGCUGGGUCCAACAAGAGCAGUGCUAGUAGCAAAUCAGGGGAUGGGAAGACCUCCGUCUGGAUUUAAUCUUGGCGGGGCUUGAAACCAGUGCUUUUCAUAGUGCAUGGUAAGCAGCGGCUCACUGAAUAAUGACUUCCAUUGAGUAAACAUUUGGCUCUGGUUAUCUUCAGGGAUGCUGUUGGCUCAUGAUCCAAGCUCAGGGGACUCUGAAAGCGGGGCUGGGACAAGGGAAAGAAAAGGGGAAAACACAGUGUUCCUGGGCACAUAUUCCAGCAAUAAUACAGUUAUGGAACUUUACAUAUAUGUCUUCCAGAUCUGGAAAAGAACAAAUAUAUUUAAAUCAUUCUUUUUGAAAAGUUUUUGUAUGUACAGUAUUAUGGUACUUUUUUUAGUAUGAGAAUUUUUUUUGUAUUUGUAUAUUGGACCACUGUAGUUAUACUUUUAUAUUAAAGGAAAAAAAAUCCUUAAGGUAAUGCCUACUAGGCUAGUGUUAUUACUUUUCAGCAAAUGCAACCCUGGGUUUAAAGGUUUCAUAGAUGCUACACCUAAUAAAAGUGGCUCUUGUGUUGCCAGGAAGAGUUCAGAUAUGUAAGGAGCCAGAGGAGGAAGCAUCAGUUUUUAGUCUUGGAAAGAAAGUCCACAGUAGCAGGAGGCUCGGGUCUUUUCUCCUUUACUUAAGAGGUUCUUGAGUCUCAUUCAUGUACCGAGACUUGUAUCUCAUCUUUGAAAACCUGUUUGUGUUUUCAAAGGGUAUAAAUGAUUCCCUGCAAGAUUCCUGUAGUUACCAAGCAUUACCAGCAUUUCCCUUGGUGGUGUGUAUAUAAUUUAAGUUCUUUCAAAAGGCUUGCAGACAGAGGUAUCUCCAGCCUGGUAGCAGUGCAGAGUCCCUGUCCUGAGGUGUGACGAAGAGUCCUGUUGCACAGCAAAGCGUCAGAAAUGAGCCCCACCACGCUGCAGUUCAGUUGUGGACCUGUUGCCUGAAAUCUCUACCUAGAAACCUGCCUCUUGGGUUGCUCAAGAAACCAGUGACGGAUAUUUUCUUUACAUAUUAACAUUAGAAAUACAAAAAUUCCCCUAUAGGCUAAGAAAACUCAGAGCUUCUUGCACUGUGUAUGGCAGAAGGCCUAAAUCUGAAUUCAAUAAUUUUUUAUAAUUUACUGUAAAACUUAAAAUUUCUAUACUUCUGCCAGUGUGGAUUUCUGUGUGGAAACCAGUCAGGACAGGGAUUCUGCCUGUAAAUAGACCUAAAGAGAAUUUCAGUAUUUAUUCCUUAUAGGCAUAUCUGUUUGUUAAUGACAAGCAUGAGGGUUCACAUAACACCCCUAAUUUGUAGCAUUUUAUUGAUGUUUUCCGUCCUGGAUUAUGUUGGAGAGCUUUGCUCUCGCAUCACGUUCACAUUAUUUGUCUCUGAGUGUAUAAGCAUCUGAGUAAGAAUUUGGUAAAGAUUUAAAGGAAGGGGGGCUUUUGCUUCCCAGGGAGCAUUUCCAUUUGAGUGUGUCACUCUCCUAAGACGAAGCAAGCCACCUCUGACUUUGGAAUUCCCAAAGUAUUACUUUUUAUGUCUUAGUUUUAGAACAUCAGUUCUUUAUUAUUUAGGAGAAUCCUGGGGCAGCACCCUUAGGUCAUUUCUUUUUCAUUUCUUUCUUUCUUUGUUCUACUCAGUAGAAAAUUUAAAAUGAUCUUCU